AACGACAGAAUACGUCAACUAGCAUUAAUAAAAACAAAGUUGUCUCCGGAGGAAGGAUAGGUUAAUGUCUAAUGAGCCUGGCCAUCUGUUCAGUGUUUAUCUUAAUGUACUGUUGCUCGAACCUCUUCUUCAGACGAAUAUAGCCGAUAGUUAACGUUGCUUCCACACCAGCCGAGCUGUUGUUAUAGUUCUCUAAGCUAAUUUCCUUGCUUCACCUGAGAAUUUUUACUUUCCCUCCCAGGUACAUUCAUCACCUGGGAUGGAUAUCGCUCCUAGUUUCAUACAAAAGCCUCGUCUGAAACAACUAGAUGAUGGUGAUACUUUACUAUUCGAAUGUCUAGUCUCUGCUAGACCCAGGCCCAAUAUUUCUUGGUUUCGAGGAGAUAAAAAGCUAACAGAAAGCAAUAGAAUUGUGUUUAAGAUACGUGAUGUCGGUGGAAGUAGAUUCCUAGUGGCCCUACAGUUGAGCGAUGUGGAAGAUUCGGAUUCUGGUCUCUAUAAAGUUUGUAUCAAUAACAAAGCCGGGGAUGCUAAUGCUACCAUCAAUGUUAAUUUAACCUCUUCAGAAGAUCAAGAAGGCCCCGGAAAAGGGGUAGCGCCGACUUUCGAAAAGAAGCCAACGAUAAGGCAAGAAGACGAUGGCGACCGUCUUCUCUUCGAAUGUCUUAUCGCUGCCGAUCCGAAACCGACAGUGCAAUGGUUUUUAAACGAAAAGAAAAUCGAACCUAAAGGUAGACACAAGAACCGUUUUAGCCCCGGAAAAGGGGUAGCGCCGACUUUCGAAAAGAAGCCAACGAUAAGGCAAGAAGACGAUGGCGACCGUCUUCUCUUCGAAUGUCUUAUCGCUGCCGAUCCGAAACCGACAGUGCAAUGGUUUUUAAACGAAAAGAAAAUCGAACCUAAAGGUAGACACAAGGUGAGAUUGGAACAAAUAGGAAAAGCCUAUAAAUGUGUAUUAGAAAUAAUAGAUGUUGAAAAUAAAGAUGGAGGAAAAUAUAAAAUUACUGCAAAAAAUGACCUUGGUGAAGCUAAUUCAACAAUCAAUCUUAAUUUGGAUACGGAAGAAGAUGAAGAAGAGGAAGAUGAAGGAAAACCUGCAUUCUUGGGAAAACCAGUUAUAAAGCAGUCUAAUGAUUUCAAAGAUAUAUCAUUUGUUUGCAAAUUAACUGCAGAUCCAAAACCAGUUAUGCAAUGGUAUCAUAAAGGAUCUCCCCUUAAGGAUGGUGGUCGUUAUAAGUAUAGUUUAACAUUAGAAAAAAAUGUAUAUAUUGCAUCUUUAACUGUCUUCCAAGUAGGGGAUGUAGAUGAGGGUGAUUAUAAAGUCAUUGCUAAAAACUCUGCAGGCGAGAGUUUUGCAACUAUUAAUCUUAAUUUUGAAGGUAAGAAUUUACUGUCUUAUCUCAAGAAUAUUGGAAUAAAAAUUAGGUAUCAUAAAGGAUCUCCCCUUAAGGAUGGUGGUCGUUAUAAGUAUAGUUUAACAUUAGAAAAAAAUGUAUAUAUUGCAUCUUUAACUGUCUUCCAAGUAGGGGAUGUAGAUGAGGGUGAUUAUAAAGUCAUUGCUAAAAACUCUGCAGGCGAGAGUUUUGCAACUAUUAAUCUUAAUUUUGAAGUUUUUAUUGGCUUUGCUUCUAGUGACAGUGAACAAAGGCACAAUGACCCAGGUAAAGGAGAUGGUGGAACAUAUAAAUGUAAUAUUAAAAAUGAGCAUGGAGAAAUCAAUGCAAAUUUGAACCUUAAUAUAGAAGGUGCAGCAGCACCAGAAGGUGAUGCACCUUCUUUUGUUGAAAAGCCAAAAAUCAUUCCUGAAGAUGGAGGAAAACGCAUUAUCAUGGAAUGUAAGGUUCGAGCUAAACCUAAACCUGAUGUUGUUUGGUAUAGAGAGACUACAAUUAUCAAAGAAACAAUUAGGAUAAAACAAACAAUAAUAGAAGAAAAAAAUGUAUAUAUAAUUAGAUUAGAGUUAAAGAAUCCUGAAUUGGAUGAUGCUGGAAUCUAUAGAUGUAACUGUAAAAAUAUAGCAGGAGAGAGCAAUGCCAAUCUCACAUUGAAUAUUGAAUUGGCUCCUGUGAUUAAAGAAGUACCUAAAGUUAUUCAUCGGGAGAAACAAAAAACAAUUGUUAUUGAAUGUUAUGUACAAUCUACUGCCAAACCAGAUGUUCAAUGGUAUAAAGAAAAUACAGUUGUAAGAAGAGAUAGUCGGCAUUCAGUUAACAUAAAAGAAGUAUCAAAAGGACAAUAUGCUAUUGCUCUAGAAAUUGAUAAACCAACAGCUGUCGAUAAAGGCAGUUACAAGCUUGUAGCUAAAAAUGAAAAAGGAGAAGUUACAUCUCCUGCAAUUGAAGUUGAUCUAAAAGAGGAAAAAGAACCUGAAAAAAAGAAAGAGCCUGAGAAGAAAAAAGAAGCAGAAAAACCCAAAGAACCAGAAAAGAAGGAACCUGAAAAAAAGAAAGCAGAAAAGCCUGUGGAAGAAAAAAAAGAACUAAGUCUAGCUGAAGAAAGAGCCAAAUUAAAGAAAAAAGCUGCUGAGAAAAAAGCUGCUGAGGCAGAAGUAACUGAAGAAGAAAAGAUAAGGAGAAAAAAAUCAGAGAGUCCAGCUAUUAAAGAACCUGCAAAACGAAGGGAGUCUGACAAGAGAAGAGAAUCUGAAGAGUAUAUAACAGAAAAAUGGCAGUUCAUGGAAGAUGAAGUUAAAGAGCCAAAGAAAAAAGAACCAAAGAAGAAAGCAGAAAAGCCUGUGGAAGAAAAAAAAGAACUAAGUCUAGCUGAAGAAAGAGCCAAAUUAAAGAAAAAAGCUGCUGAGAAAAAAGCUGCUGAGGCAGAAGUAACUGAAGAAGAAAAGAUAAGGAGAAAAAAAUCAGAGAGUCCAGCUAUUAAAGAACCUGCAAAACGAAGGGAGUCUGACAAGAGAAGAGAAUCUGAAGAGGAAGUAAAAGCUGAAAAGCCAUCAUUUGUGCAGUCAUUAAGAUCUUUAAUUGUGGAAUCUGGUAAAUCAGCACAAUUUGUCUGCAGAAUUGAGUCUAAAACUGAAGCAAAAGUAAAUUGGUACAGAGAUAAAACAUUAAUCAAAGACUCAAAGGAGUAUAAAACAACAUUUACUGGAUCACUUGUAAAAUUAUUUAUUGAGAAAACUUCAAUUGAACAUUCUGGUAUGUAUACCUGUGAAGUUAUUAAUGAAUAUGGAAGAGAAGAAAGUUCAGCAGAACUUAUUGUAAGAGAAGAUGAAGUUAAAGAGCCAAAGAAAAAAGAACCAAAGAAGAAAGCAGAAAAGCCUGUGGAAGAAAAAAAAGAACUAAGUCUAGCUGAAGAAAGAGCCAAAUUAAAGAAAAAAGCUGCUGAGAAAAAAGCUGCUGAGGCAGAAGUAACUGAAGAAGAAAAGAUAAGGAGAAAAGGAUCAGAGAUUCCAGCUAUAAUUAAAGAACCUACACCAGAACCACAGUUAAAGAAAGUAUUAAAAGAACCUGCUGCUGGUGGAAGAAGAGGUUCAUUAUUGGAUACAGGAAGUCCUGCUGAUUCACGCAGACCAUCUCUUAUUAUUGCAGAUGAGAAAGAUGAAUCUGGUAUGAAGAAACUUAGACCAGGAGAAUUACUAGAAACCAGAAAAAGAAGACCAAGUGUUGAUUUACGAAGACCAAGCAUUUCAGAAUUACAAGAAAAGAUUGAUAAACCAUCAACUCCUUUGAAACCAAUACCUGAAUCUGGAGAAGGACCACCUGCAAUUGUUGAUUAUGAAAAUAAUGUUUGUGCAGUUGAAGGUGGCACAGCUUAUAUACCAUUCCAAGUCGAAGGAAAUCCAGUUCCAGAUUUUCGAUUUUAUAAAGGAGUACAGGAGAUAUUUGAAGGUGGUAGAUACAAAGUAAUUACUGAUGGGGAUACGAAUACUGUGUGCUUAUGUAUCAGAAAAGCUAAGACCAAUGAUGAAGGAAAAUAUAAAGUUGUUGCCUAUAAUAAACAUGGAGAGGAUAGCGUAACAAUAACUCUGUUUGUCAGUGAUGAAAGUGGUAUGGAUUUCAGAGCUAUGUUGAAACAUAGACAAUAUGCUAAAUGGGGUAGAGAUCCUAAUGAUCCUGACUGGGGAGGUCUAAAGGAGACAGAACAAGAUAGGAAAGGAAGUCUCAAAGAGGCAAAGACAAGCAAAGACAAGAUAUUUCAACGAGGUGUGAAGUUUUCAUUAGCUGAAGCAAUACCAGAUUGGCCAGUUCUCAGUCGAGUCAAAAGAUCAAAAGAGAAGCCAGAUAUGUUUCUUCAACCUCUUCAAAAUAUUACUGCUAAGGAAGGAAAAGAUAAAAAAGCACGAUUUGAAGCUGUAUAUUCAAGAAGUGGUGUUAAAGGAAAAUGGUUUAAGAAUAAACAAGAAUUAUUUUUGGGAAAGAAAUAUCACAUGAAAUCUGAAGGUGAUCUACAUGUUCUUGAAAUUAAUAAUCCUAUGGUUGAUGAUUCUGGAAGAUACACAAUACAGUGUUUAGAUACUCAAUGUUCUGCUGUUCUUGAUGUUGAAGAACCUGAUCCAGUGUAUAAAUUUGUUAAAAAAUUGCCUUCUAAAUUACAUGAAUAUACUACAAAAGAAGCAGUUUUAGAAUGCUCUGUAAAUAGUCAUAAAGCACCUGUUAAAUGGUAUAAAGGAGAUCAGAAAAUUGAGUCCAGUGAUAGGUACAUUAUAGAAUCAGAUCAGCUGGGUCGUAAAACACUUAAAAUUUUAGACUGUGUAAUUGAAGAUUCUGGUGAUUAUUCAUGUAAAAUAAAUGCUGAUGAAGUAACUACUACAAAAUUAUUUAUAUCAGAAGGCCGCAAAAUAAGAUUAGAAAUUAUGUCAACUAAUUGGACAGAUAUAGUAGAAUUGCCAUGCAAAACUAAUGCAGACACUACAACUGCAGAACUAAUUGUAGAACCUGCUAAUAAACUCAUGAAGAAAUUAAAAGAUACAAAUGUAUUAGAAAGAGAAGAACUUGUAUUAGAAGUAGAACUAAUGGAUAGAAAAGCACCUUUGCAAUGGUUUAAAAAUGGAGAACCAAUAAAAGCAUCUGAUAGGGUAGCCAUUAAAAUGCUAGAUAAUGGUAAACAUCAAUUAAUUAUUAAAAGUAGUGAAAUAGUCAAAAGCAACAAUGUACCACAGCCACCACAAGCACCACUUGAUGUCACAGAUGUCUUCAGGGAUCGUUGUAAACUUUCCUGGAAACCCCCAAAAGAUACAGGAGGAUUACCUUUACUUCAUUAUUUGGUAGAGAUGCAAGAUCUUGGACAGAGAGGUGGAUGGGUGGAAGUUGGUACUGCAAAAGACACUACUCUUGAUGUAAACAAUCUUGUUCAUAAGAAGGAAUAUAAAUUCAGAGUUCGAGCAGUUAAUAAAAAAGGUGUAUCAGAACCAUUAGUGACUCCUAAAUCUAUAAUUGCUAAAGAUCCAUAUGGUAAGUUAACUUUUUUUCUUAAGCCAUAUAUCAUUGGCGAUGAUUUGAAGAAUAUUGUAGUCAAAAAAGGCCAAGUUAUAAAAUAUGAAAUUAAGAUUGGAGGUGAACCACCACCUGAUGUGAAAUGGGAUUUAAAUGGCACAACAAUAGUUGCAUCAAAGAAGAUCACUAUUGAAAAUGCUGCAAAGUUAACAAUGAUAACAGUUAGAGAUGCUGUACGAGCAGACAGUGGAAAAUAUACUUUAACUCUUACCAAUAGUUCUGGAACUGUUUCAGGAAAUGCUGAUGUUGUUGUUCUUGAUAGGCCAGCAACUCCCCGUGGUCCACUGGUUGCAGAAGAAGUUCGUGCUGAUCAUAUUAAGAUUAAAUGGCAGAAACCACCCGAUACUGGAGGUCAAGAACUUAAAGGAUACGUUAUUGAAAAAAUGGACAUGGAUACUGGAAGAUGGCUUCCAGCUGGAGAAGUUGGUCCAGAUAAAGAAAACUUUACAAUUGAAGGUCUUACACCAAAGAAAAAAUAUAAAUUUCGUGUCAAGGCUCUUAAUAAGGAAGGAGAAUCUGAACCACUUGAAUCUGAUCAACCAAUUGUGGCUAAGAAUCCUUAUGAUGAACCAAGUAAACCUGGAAAACCAGAUAUUAUUGAUUGGGAUAAUACUAGAGUUGAUCUUAAAUGGUCUGCUCCUUCCAGUGAUGGUGGACGACCAAUUACAACUUACAUUAUUGAAGCAAAAGAGAAGUUUAGUCUUGAUUGGGUUGAAGUUUUGAAAACUGAUAAUGACAAAUGUGAAGCUCGUGUAACAAAUGUUAAAGAGAAUAUGUCUUAUCAAUUUCGUGUAAAAGCUGUUAAUAAGGCCGGUACCAGUGAGCCAAGUGAACCAACUGAUCAUCAUAUUAUUAAACAUAGACAUUUGAAACCAAUGAUUGAUCGCACUAAUUUAGUUCCAAUUGUUGUAAAAGUUGGACGAUCACAUAAAUAUGAAGUUGAUGUUAGAGGUGAACCUCCACCAACUAUUACUUGGACAUUUGGUGAAAUAAAACUUUCAAAUGAUGACUUUAUUAAAAUUGAAAACAAAGAUUAUCAUACUGAUUUUAGCAUUAAUAAAGCAACAAGAAAACAUUCUGGGAGAUAUACAAUUUCUGCAUCAAAUGCAUCUGGUAAAGACAGUGCACAAGUUGAGUUUACAGUAUUAGGUGCACCUACAAGACCAGAGGGUCCACUUAAAGUGGAAGAUGUUCAUAAAGAAGGAUGUAAAUUAAAAUGGAACAAACCUAAAGAUGAUGGUGGAACACCAAUUAAACAUUAUGAAAUUGAAAAAUUAGAUAAAGAAACUGGUCGAUGGACAAGAUGUGGUAAAACAGAUAAACCAGAGUUUGAAGUUACUGGUUUAACACCAGGAAAAGAAUAUCUCUUUAGAGUUGCUGCUGUAAAUGAAGAAGGAGACUCUGAACCUCUGGAGACUUUAGAAUCAGUAAUUGCCAAAAAUCCUUAUGAUGAACCAGGACCACCAAGUUUACCAGAAUUUGUUGAUUGGGAUGAUACUAGUGUUGAUCUUAAAUGGGAACCACCUAAGAGUGAUGGUGGUGCACCAAUUACAAAGUAUAUUGUUGAGAAAAAGGAUAAAUUCAGUCCUAACUGGGAAAAAGCUGUUGAAGUUCAUGGUAAUACUCCACAGGCUAAAGUUCCAGACUUAAAGGAAAGACAAGAAUUACAGUUUCGAGUCAUUGCUGUAAAUAAAGCUGGUCCAAGUGAACCAAGUGAUGCAACUAAAAUUCAUAUUGUUAAGCAUAGACGAUUGAAACCAUAUAUUGACAGAACAAAUCUUGAUACAAUUACUGUUAAGAGAGGAAAAGUUGUGAAAUUGGAUGUAAAUGUUAGAGGAGAACCACCUCCUAAAAUAACAUGGAAAUUGAAGGAAAUGGUUGUAGAAAGCAAGGAAAAUAUUGAAAUUGUGAAUGUUGACUAUAAUACAAAAUUUACUAUUCAAGAUGCUCAAAGAAAACAUACAGGCUUAUAUAAAAUUAUUGCAGAAAAUGAAGUGGGAAAAGAUGAGGCUGAAGUUGAAGUAGUAGUUCUAGGAGCACCAACAAGGCCAGGUGGCCCAUUGAAAGUUGAAGAUGUCAAUGCCAAAGGCUGCAAACUAAAAUGGAAGAAACCUGAAGAUGAUGGAGGAAAACCAAUUAGCCAUUAUGUUGUUGAAAAACUGGAUACUUCUACAGGAAAUUGGGUACCUGUAGGACGUACUGAUAGUGAUAAACCUGAAUAUGAUGUUACUGGAUUAACACCUGGUAAAGAAUAUCAAUUCCGUGUUAAAGCAGUAAAUCCUGAAGGCGAAUCAGAACCAUUAACAACUGAUAGAGCUACCUUAGCCAAGAAUCCAUAUGAUGAACCAGGACCACCAAGUUUACCAGAAAUUGUAGAUUGGGAUGAAAAGAAAGUUGAUCUUAAAUGGGAGCCACCAAAGAAAGAUGGAGGUGCACCCAUUACAGGCUAUAUCAUAGAGAAGAAAGAACGAUUUGGUGCUAGUUGGGAACCAUGCUUAAAUACUAAUAGUCCCAAGCCAGAAUGCACACUUUCUGAUUUGACUAAAGGCCAACAAUAUCAGUUUAGAGUUCGAGCUGUGAAUAAAGCAGGUCCAGGUGAACCAAGUGAACCAACUAAGUCACAUAUUGUUAAAGAAAGAUACUUGGCACCAAAAAUUGUCAGAGACAAUUUGGAAACAAUUACGGUCAGAGCUGGACAAUCACCAAAACUUGAUGUAGAAAUUAUCGGAGAACCACCACCUACAGUAACCUGGUCAUUUGCGAAUAAACCAAUUGAUGGAACUGGAGCAGUCAAAGUUGAAAAUGAGGAUUAUUUAUCUCAUCUACUUNUUACUAUUCAAGAUGCUCAAAGAAAACAUACAGGCUUAUAUAAAAUUAUUGCAGAAAAUGAAGUGGGAAAAGAUGAGGCUGAAGUUGAAGUAGUAGUUCUAGGAGCACCAACAAGGCCAGGUGGCCCAUUGAAAGUUGAAGAUGUCAAUGCCAAAGGCUGCAAACUAAAAUGGAAGAAACCUGAAGAUGAUGGAGGAAAACCAAUUAGCCAUUAUGUUGUUGAAAAACUGGAUACUUCUACAGGAAAUUGGGUACCUGUAGGACGUACUGAUAGUGAUAAACCUGAAUAUGAUGUUACUGGAUUAACACCUGGUAAAGAAUAUCAAUUCCGUGUUAAAGCAGUAAAUCCUGAAGGCGAAUCAGAACCAUUAACAACUGAUAGAGCUACCUUAGCCAAGAAUCCAUAUGAUGAACCAGGACCACCAAGUUUACCAGAAAUUGUAGAUUGGGAUGAAAAGAAAGUUGAUCUUAAAUGGGAGCCACCAAAGAAAGAUGGAGGUGCACCCAUUACAGGCUAUAUCAUAGAGAAGAAAGAACGAUUUGGUGCUAGUUGGGAACCAUGCUUAAAUACUAAUAGUCCCAAGCCAGAAUGCACACUUUCUGAUUUGACUAAAGGCCAACAAUAUCAGUUUAGAGUUCGAGCUGUGAAUAAAGCAGGUCCAGGUGAACCAAGUGAACCAACUAAGUCACAUAUUGUUAAAGAAAGAUACUUGGCACCAAAAAUUGUCAGAGACAAUUUGGAAACAAUUACGGUCAGAGCUGGACAAUCACCAAAACUUGAUGUAGAAAUUAUUGGAGAACCACCACCUACAGUAACCUGGUCAUUUGCGAAUAAACCAAUUGAUGGAACUGGAGCAGUCAAAGUUGAAAAUGAGGAUUAUUUAUCUCAUCUACGCAUAGUAAAUGCUACAAGAAAACAUUCUGGAAAAUAUAAAAUAACAGCUGUGAAUAGUUCAGGAAAAGAUGAAGAAACUGUAGAAAUAGUUGUUCUUGAUAAACCUUCUAGGCCUGAAGGACCUUUAGAAGUUAGUGAUGUACAUGCAAAUGGUUGUAAAUUAGCUUGGAAUAAACCAAAAGAUGAUGGAGGAUUACCAAUUAGUGGUUACCAAGUUGAAAAAUUAGAUCCUAGUACUGGUCGUUGGGUUCCUGUUGGUAAAGCUGAUCCAAAUAAACCAGAAAUGACAGUUACUGGAUUAGAACCUGGAAAGAAAUAUCAAUUCCGUGUAAAAGCACUUAAUGAGGAAGGAGAUUCAGAACCUUUAGAAACAGAAAAAGCAACAUUAGCCAAAAAUCCAUAUGAUGAGCCUGGACCUCCUGGAUUACCUGAAGUCACUGACUAUGAUACUGAUUUUGUCCAACUCAAAUGGGAUCCACCGAUCAGAGAUGGUGGAGCACCAAUCAAUGGUUAUAUUAUUGAAAAGAGAGAUAAAUAUAGCAAUGAAUGGACUCCAGCAGCUGAAAUUCAUGGAAAUAUUCCUCAGGGAAAAGUAAAAGGAUUGAAUGAAGGUGAUAAAUAUGAAUUCCGUGUGAGAGCAUUAAAUAAAGCUGGUGCUGGUGAACCAAGUGAACCGACAUCUCCUCAUUUAGCCAAACCAAAAUUCUUGAAACCAAGAAUUGAUCGUACAAAUCUCAAAAGUAUUGUUGUCAAAGUUGGCCAAACUGUUAAUUUAGAUGUGGAUAUAAUUGGUGAACCACCACCUGCUGUUGUUUGGAAAUUAAAUAAUGCAAAUUUAGAAAGUGGACAAGUUUAUAGGAUAGAUAACAUUGAUUAUAACACAAAAUUUUCAAUACUUCGAGCAACCAGAAAAGAAAGUGGAAUAUAUACAAUUACUGCAACUAAUAGUUCGGGAAGUGAUGAAGCUCAGAUUGAAAUAACUGUUUUAGGAAAGCCUACAAGACCAAAUGGACCUCUGGAGAUAUCAGAUGUACAUAAAGAAGGUUGUACUCUAAAAUGGAAAGCUCCAGAUGAUGAUGGUGGUACUCCAAUUGAGUGUUAUGAAAUAGAAAAAAUGGAUGAAGAAACUGGCAUGUGGGUGCCUGCUGGAAAAUCUACAGAACCAAAAUUCCAUGUAAAUAAUCUUGUUCCUGGAAAAAAAUAUAAAUUCAGAGUAAGAGCUGUCAACAAAGAAGGUGACUCUGAAGAACUUGAAGCUGAUAAAGCUAUUUUGGCUAAAAAUCCAUAUGAUGAACCAAGUAAACCUGGAAGACCAGAACUUACUGAUUGGGAUAAUGAUCAUGUUGAUCUUAAAUGGACCAAACCUGAGAGUGAUGGUGGUGCACCAAUUACUGGUUAUGUCAUUGAGAAAAGAAAGAAGGGAACUUACAAAUGGCAGAAAGCUAAAGAAGUUAGUGGUACUAAUACUACUGCAACAGUUCCUGAUUUGGAGGAAGGGGAUGAAUAUGAAUUUAGAGUUAUUGCUGUUAAUAAAGCAGGACCCAGUGAACCAAGUGAUCCAUCCAAAUCAGUGGUGGCUAAACCUAGAUUUUUGGCUCCAUAUAUUGAUCGAACUAAUUUGAAAAAUGUAAUAAUUCGUACUGGACAAUCUGUGAAGUUUGAUGUUGAUGUUAAAGGCGAACCUCCUCCAGAAAUUGCUUGGGCUUUCAAUGAAAAUCCCAUCAAAGAUGAAAGAUUUAAGAUUGAAAUAGAAGAAUAUCAUACAUUAUUUUUAUUAACGAAAGCAAAGAGAUCAGAUACAGGAAAAUAUAUCAUAAGUGCCAAAAAUGGUUCUGGAAAAGAUGAAGUUGCAGUUGAAGUGACAGUAUUAAGUAAGCCUUCUAAACCUCAAGGUCCUCUUGAGGUAUCUGAUGUUACUGCAGAAGGUUGUAAAUUAAAAUGGAAUAAACCUGAAGAUGAUGGUGGUGAACCAAUACAACAAUAUGUUGUUGAGAAAAUGGAUACAGAGAGUGGCAGAUGGGUACCUGUUACUGUUACCAAAGAGCCACAAGCUGAAAUUGGUGGCCUUAUACCUGGAAAAGAAUAUAAAUUUAGAGUUAAGGCUGUCAAUCCUGAAGGUGAAUCGGAACCACUAGAAACAGAUGUUCCAACUUUAGCAAAGAAUCCAUAUGAUGAGCCUGGUAAACCUGGAAAGCCAACUCCUAAAGACUGGGACAAACAUCAUGUAGAUCUUACAUGGAAACCUCCUGCUAGUGAUGGGGGUGCUCCUAUUACAAGUUAUAUUAUUGAGAAAAAAGAUAAAUACAGUACCAAAUGGCAAAAAGCAGUUGAAGUUAUAGGUGAUAAAUGUGAAGCUAGAGUUCCAGACUUAAUUGAAGGCAUGGAAUACCAAUUUCGUGUAAAAGCAAUUAACAAGGCUGGACCAAGUGCUCCCAGUGAUCACAGUGAUUUAGUUGUUGCAAAACCAAGAUUUUUGGCCCCCAAAAUUGAUCGUUCUAGCUUGAAAGAUGUAACUAUCCGAGUUGGUCAAAGUGUUAAAUUUGAUGUAAAGGUCAUUGGUGAACCACCACCAAAAACAGCAUGGCUUUUUGAAGGAACUGCUCUCAAGCCAAGUUCUCAUCAUACCAUUGAAGCUGAACCAUAUCGAACAAAACUGAUUGUUCAUUCUGCAGAAAGAAAAGAUAAAGGGACAUACCGAAUUACUGCUGAAAAUAGUUCAGGAAAAGAUGAAGCCACUGUACAGUUAAUAGUAUUAGAUAGACCAUCUAUACCUGGUGGUCCUUUAGAAAUAUCAAAUGUUCAUGCUGAAGGAUGCAAGUUGAAAUGGAAACCUCCAGAAGAUGAUGGUGGUGUACCUGUUGAACAUUAUGCUGUUGAAAAAAUGGAUACUGAAACUGGUAGAUGGGUGCCUGUUGGUAGGACAACUAAACCAGAAAUAGAAGUUGGAAGUCUUGUUCCUGGACAAGAAUAUAAAUUCAGAGUUAAGGCUGUAAAUGCUGAAGGUGAAAGUGAUCCUUUAGAAAAUCAAAAACCAGUUUUAGCUAAAAAUCCAUUUGAUCCUCCUGGAAAGCCUGAAAUACCAGAAUUAAAAGACUGGGAUAAAGAAUUUGUAGAUCUUAAAUGGAAUCCACCUUUCAAGGAUGGUGGAUCACCAAUAACUGGAUACAUUAUUGAAAAGAAAGAAAAAGAUAGUAGCUUAUGGGUUAAAGCAGCUCAAAUAGAAGGAAAUGUGUCUGAAGGUCGUGUUCCAGAUUUAAUUCCAGGAGAAUCAUAUCAGUUCCGUGUUCGUGCUGUUAAUGCUGCUGGUCCAGGAGAAGCUAGCGAUGCCACAAAACCAGUAAUUGCCAAACCUAGAAAAUUGGCACCAAGAAUUGAUAGAAGAACAGUGAAAGAUGUUACUGUUAAGGUUGGGCAAGCAUUUGCAUUUGAUGUGAAAAUAAUAGGAGAACCUCCACCAACUGUAUCAUGGAGAAUUAAAGAUAAACCUGUGGUUGAGAGAUUAAAUCUUUCCAUUAAAAAUGUUCCAUACAAUUCCAAAUUUACCUGUGAUAAAGCUGAAAGAAAGGAUAGUGCUGUUUAUACCAUUGUUGCUGUUAAUCAACAUGGCUCAGAUCAAGUUGAUGUUGAAGUAACAGUCCUAGGAAAACCAGGUAAACCAGAGGGACCACUACAAGUAAGUGAUGUUAAUAAGAAUGGAUGCAAGUUGAAAUGGGAUAAGCCAAAAGAUGAUGGAGGAGAACCAAUAGAUGGUUAUGUUGUUGAGAAACAAGAUCCAGAUACUGGUUCAUGGAUACCUAUUGGUAAAACUCAUGCACCAGAAAUGGAAGUUACUGGUUUAACUCCUGGAAAAUCAUAUAACUUUAGAGUAAAAGCUGUUAAUAAAGAAGGUGAUUCAGAACCACUUGAAACAACAGAACCAAUCACUGCUAAAGAUCCAUAUAAUCCUCCUGAAGCACCUGGCAAGCCAGAACCAACAGACUGGAAUCGUGAUCAUGUUGACUUGAAAUGGGCUGCACCUGAUAAAGAUGGAGGUGCACCAAUUACCCAUUAUAUUAUAGAGAAAAAAGAAAAAGGAAGUCCACGUUGGGAAAAAGCUGCAGAAGUUCCAGGUGACCAGACUAAAGGAACAGCUCCUUUCCUGGAUGAUGGAAAAGAGUAUGAAUUCCGAGUUAUUGCUGUUAAUAAAGCUGGACCAAGUGAACCAAGUGAAACAUCAAAACCAAUAGUAGCCAAGCCAAGAUUCCUGGCCCCACAAAUCGAUCGAAAAAAUCUAAAAGAUAUUACAAUUAGAGCUGGACAACCAAUUAAAUUUGAUGUAGGAGUUAUUGGAGAACCUCCACCAACAAUAGCUUGGUCAUUGAAUGAUAGUCCAUUGAAAUCUGCAGAUCGUACUCAAAUUGAAAAUGAAGAUUAUAAUACUAAGUUGACAACAAGAAGAUCAAAUCGGGGUGAUAGUGGAAAAUAUACAAUCACUGCUACAAAUAAAUCAGGGAAGGAUACAGCUUCUGUCAAUGUGUUAGUAGUAGAUAAGCCAACUUCUCCUGAAGGACCAUUAGAAGUAAGUGAUGUUCACAAAGAGGGUUGUAAAUUGAAAUGGAAGAGACCAAAAGAUGAUGGUGGAGUACCACUUCAAUGCUAUGAAGUAGAAAAAAUGGAUCCAGAAACAGGAACUUGGUUACCUGUUGGAAAGACAAAAGAGCCAGCAAUGGAAGUAACUGGUUUAACUCCUGGAAAAGAUUAUAAAUUCCGUGUGAGAGCAGUAAAUAAAGAAGGCGAAUCAGAUCCAUUAGAAACAAAAGCAGCAAUUACUGCUAAAAAUCCUUAUGAUGAGCCAGGUAAACCAGGACCUGUUAAAGCAACUGAUUGGGAUAAAGAUCAUGUAGAUCUUGCAUGGACACCACCAGAAACAGAUGGUGGAUCACCUAUUACAGGAUAUAUCAUAGAGAAGAAAGAUAAGUGGGGAGAUUGGGAAAAAGCUGCAGAAGUACCAGCAGAUCAGACAAAAGCAACAGUUGGUGAUCUUGUUCAAGGACAGCCUUAUGAAUUCCGAGUAAAAGCAGUAAAUAAAGCAGGUCCAAGUGAGCCAAGUGAAACUACUGGUCCUGUUAUAACUAAACCCAGAAAACUGCCACCAAAAAUUGACAGAAAUGCAUUAAACAAAGUGAGAAUUAAAGCAGGCCAAUCUUUCAACUUUGAUGUUAAUGUAAUUGGAGAACCACCACCAACAAUAACUUGGACACUUAAAAGCAAAAAAGUACUACCUUCUGAUCGUAUUAAGUUAGUUAAUGAACCAUAUAAUACUAAACUCAAUGUUAAAAAUGCUAAUCGAUCUGACUGUGGAAAAUAUGUGAUCACAGCAGUAAAUGAUCACGGAAAAGAUGAAGCUGACGUUGAAGUUGUUAUAUUUGAUAAACCAUCAACACCUGGUGGGCCACUAAAAAUUGAUAAUGUACAUGCUGAUGGAUGCAAUCUGAAAUGGAAUCCACCAUAUGAUGAUGGAGGAAGUCCUAUAGAUCAUUAUGUUGUUGAAAAACAAGAUCCUAAAACAGGAGCAUGGACUCCAGUUGGUGAAACAGUUGGACCUGAGACAAAUAUGAAGGUUAAAGGUUUGCAACCAGGUGGUAAAUACAAAUUUAGAGUCAGAGCUGCAAACCGACAUGGUGAUUCUGAGCCUUUAGAAGCUGAUAAAGCAAUUGUUGCAAAAAAUCCAUUUGAUGAACCAGGUAAACCAGAUACACCCAAAAUUGAAGAUUAUGACAAAGAUUUUGUUAAGCUUGCAUGGAAACCACCAGCAAGUGAUGGAGGAUCACCAAUUACAGGAUAUAUUAUUGAAAAGAAGGAUAAAUACAAUCCUGAAUGGACACCUGUACUUGAAGUUCCUGGAGAUGAAACAAAAGCUAAAGUACCUGAUUUAAUAGAAGGAAACCAAUAUGAGUUCCGUGUUCGUGCAGUUAACAAAGGAGGCCCCGGAGAGCCAAGUGAUGCUACUGCCCAGCAUACUGCCAAACCUAAAAACAUGCCACCAAAGAUAGAUCGAAAUGCCAUGUAUAAUAUUCGUAUCAAGGCAGGUAAAAACUUUGAAUUAGAUGUGCCAGUGAGUGGAGAACCACCACCCACAAAAAAAUGGACUUUAGGAGAACGUUUAGUUGAUGAUUUACCAAGAUGGUCUGUCAUAAGUGAAGAAUAUAAAACAAAGUUAACUGUGAGAAAUGCAGAAAGAAAUGAUAGUGGAACUUUGACUCUUACAGCAAAUAAUAUUAAUGGUACUGAUUCCCAUAAAAUAACAAUUACAAUAUUAUGUCCUCCAACAGCACCAGAAAAUAUGCGUAUUGCUGAUAUAAAGAAAGAUGGUUGCACCGUUUCUUGGAAGACUCCAAAGGAUGAUGGAGGCUCAGAGAUUUCUCAUUAUUUGGUUGAAAAGAAAGAUAUAGAAUCUGGAAAAUGGAUGCCUGUUGGAGAAACUCUUAAUAACAAUAUUCGUGUUGACAAUUUGGUACCUAAUCAUGAGUAUCAGUUCAGGGUAAAAGCUGUAAAUAAAGAAGGAGAAUCACCUUGGUUGACUGGAAGAGAGUCUAUUGUUGCUAAAAAUCCAUAUGAACAACCUGAUAAACCAUCUCCACCAGAAGUGACAGACUGGGAUAAUGAUCAUGUUGAUUUAGAAUGGAAACCACCGCGUAAGGAUGGAGGUGCACCAAUUACAGGUUAUAUCAUUGAAAAGAAACCAAAAGGAAGUCCAGUCUGGGAAGAAGCUGCUAAAUUUCCUGGUGAUGCCACUAAAGGCCGCAUUCCUGAUUUGAAAGAAGGAGAAGAAUAUGAGUUCCGUGUUGUUGCACUGAAUAAAGCUGGACCAAGUGAUCCAAGUGAACCAUCACAAGCUGUUAUAGCUAAACCUAGAUUCUUGGCACCAUCAUUAGAUAAAACAGCUUUACAUGAUCUAAAAGUAAGAGCAGGAAGAACCAUAAAUUAUACAAUUCCAGUUAAAGGAGAACCACCUCCGAGUGUCACAUGGAAUAUUAAUGAUAAAUCAGUAGUUAAUAUGAAAAGAGUUGAAGUUGGAGGUACUGCCACUCAAACAAUUUUGGAAAUUAAAUCAGCAGAACGAACAGAUUCUGGAAGAUAUACACUGAUUUUAGAAAAUACUUCUGGCAAAACUUCAGCAUCUGCAACUGUAACUGUUGUAGAUCGCCCUUCACCACCAGAAGGUCCACUUGAUAUAUCUGACAUAACUAGAGAAUCAGCUCAUUUGAGCUGGAAAGCUCCUAAAGAUGAUGGUGGAAGUCCAAUUAAACAUUAUGUUGUUGAAAAAAUGGAUACAAGUCGUGGAACAUGGGUAGAAGUGGGAACAACUUCAUUAUUAAAUUUCAAGGUUCCGAAACUAAUUCACAAAAAAGUUUAUCAAUUCAGAGUAUCUGCUGUUAAUGAAAUAGGUGAUUCUGAUCCUCUUGAAGCUAAACGACCUAUUGUUGCUAAAAAUCCAUAUGAAAAGCCAGAUUCACCAGGAAAACCUGCAAUUAAAGAUUGGGAUAAAGAUCAUGUUGAUCUAGAAUGGACUGCACCAAAAGAUGAUGGAGGUAGUCCACUAACUGGUUAUAUUGUUCAAAAGAAAGAGAGAGGCUCUCCUGUAUGGACUAAAGCUCUGGAUGUGCCAGCUUCUAAAACUAAAUGUACUGUACCAGAUCUUAAAGAAGGAAAUGAUUAUGAAUUCCGUGUCGUAGCAGUUAAUAAAGGUGGUGAAAGUGAACCUAGUGAUCCAUCAGAUCUUGUUACAGCAAAACCAAGAUUCUUGGCACCGAAGAUUAUAUCACCAAUGGAAGAAAUCAAAAUAAGAAUUGGACAGACAAUGAAUUCAGAUAUUAAAUUCAUUGGGGAACCAGCACCUGAAGUAGUUUGGAAACAAAAAGAAAAGAUAUUGAAAUCAAAUGAAAGAUGCACUCUAUCAAAUUUUGAUGAUCAUACAAUUAUAAAUAUUGUUGAUUCCUGCAAAUUAGAUAGUGGUCCCUACACCCUAACACUGACUAAUGAUAGUGGUACAGACAGUGGUACAUUAACAAUUGUUAUACUUGAUAAACCAAGUCCUCCUGAAGGUCCUCUGAAGGUUGAUGAUAUUGAUAAAGAUCACGUUGUGUUAUCAUGGAAACCACCAAAAGAUGAUGGUGGAAGUGGAUUAACAGGUUAUGUUGUUGAAAAAAGAGAUAAGACCAGAGGUGGAAAUUGGGUGCCUGCUGUUUCCUUUGUACCACCUAAUACCAAUAGUUGCACUGUUCCAAAGCUUAUGGAAGGUACAGAAUAUGAGUUUAGGGUAAUGGCUGAAAAUGCUCAAGGAGUUUCUGAACCAUUAUCUACAACAAAACCAAUAACAGCUAGAAGUCCUUAUGCUGUUCCAAGUAAACCUGGUCAACCAGAAGCUGUUGAUCAUGAUCGUGAUUUUAUUAAAAUCAAAUGGGAUCCUCCAAGAUCAAAUGGUGGAUCACCAAUUUCUGGAUAUGACAUUGAAAGGAGGGAUUUGAAAUCUAACCGAUGGGUUAAAUUGAAUAAACAACCUGUUUUGCCUGUACAGUAUACUGAUAAUACUGUAACCGAUGGUCAUCAAUAUGAAUAUAGAGUAACUGCAAGGAAUGCAGCAGGAUCAAGUGAUCCAAGUCAACCUUCCAAACCAAUUGCUGCAAAACCAAUGAAAGAAAAGCCCAAAUUGCACUUGGAUGGUUUGUAUGGCAAAACAAUAAGAGUAAAAGCAGGAGAUCCUCUUAGUAUCAACAUUCCAUUAACUGGUGCUCCUCAACCAACAGUUUCAUGGACUAUUAAUGAUAAACCUAUUCCACCUACAAAUAGAGUUCAGACUGAAUUUGCUGAUGAAAUGAUUGCAUUGAGCAUUCCAGUAACACAAAGAAAUGAUAGUGGAAAAUAUACAAUAACAGCAAACAAUUCUUAUGGUCAAGAUUCUGCUGAUAUCACAGUAUUAGUUUAUGAUAAACCAGGAAUGCCAAAAGGACCUAUUGAAUAUCCUGAGACAACAGCAAACACUGUUACUCUGAAAUGGCAAAAGCCUGAAGAUGAUGGUGGUGCUGAUAUAAAUGGUUAUCAAAUUGAAAAAUGUGAAAUUGGAACUGAUAGAUGGCUUCCUGCUGGUUUUACAACAAUGACAACACACACAGUUAAGAGCUUAGAAGAAGGAAAACAAUAUAAAUUCCGAGUAAGAGCAGAAAAUCCAUAUGGAAUUGGGGAGCCUCUUGAAGGAAAACCUGUUGUGGCAAAGAAUCCAUUUGAUACUCCCGAUUCUCCUGGUCAACCAAAAGUUAAAGAUUUUGGUCCUAAUUUUGCAAACAUAUCUUGGAGUCCCCCAACUAAUGAUGGUGGAAAACCAGUUACAGGUUAUAUUAUUGAAAAACGUGAAAGAGGUUCACCAGAAUGGACAAAAGUUAAUAAUUAUCCUACACCAAAUACAGAAUUUACAGUGCCUAAUUUAAGUGAAGGAAGUACUUAUGAGUUUAGAGUUUUAGCAGUUAAUGAAGGUGGCCCUGGUAAACCAAGCAGACCAUCUCAUCCAAUUACAGCAAAGGAUCGUAAAUAUGCUCCAGAUGCUCCUGAUAUGCCAAAAGUAGACAAAGUUACAAAGAAUUCUGCAUCUCUAUCAUGGAAUAAGCCAAUUAAUGAUGGUGGUAGCAAAUUACGUGGUUAUUUAGUUGAAAAGAGAGCAAAGGGUGACAAAGAAUGGGAUCUAGUCAAUAAUAUGCCUCAUCCUGAUACUAAUUUUACUGUUCCUAAUUUAACUGAGAAUAAAGAAUACGAAUUCCGUGUCUUUGCUGUGAAUGAUGUCGGGGAAAGUCAACCAAGUAAACCAUGUGCUAUGGUUCUUAUUGAAGAUCAGCCAGACAAACCUAGAAUUGAUAUAGGAGCUGUUAAAGAUAUAACUGUAAAAGCGGGUCAAGAUUUUAAUAUUAGUGUGCCAUUCACUGCCUUCCCAAAACCAAAUGCCAUUUGGUCAAAAGGUGAUAGAGAUUUGGAUGACAAAGACACAAGAUAUUUCAGAAAGCUUGCAGAUAAUGAAGCUGUUCUUGCUGUCACUGAUUCAAAACGUUCUGAUUCAGCUCAAUACAAACUUUUCUUAAAGAACAAAUCUGGUUUUGAUACUUGUUAUUGUAAAGUAACUGUAUUAGAUCGUCCUGGUCCACCAGAGAAUUUAAGAGCUGAAGAUGUUGAUGGUGACUCCUUGACACUAAGAUGGUUACCACCUAAAGAUAAUGGAGGUGCUGAGGUGACCAAUUAUGUUGUGGAAAGACGAGAGAAAGGAGCUAGUUCUUGGACUCGUAUCAGCAGUUUUAUCACUUCAACUACUUUAAGAAUUCGUAAUUUAACAGUUGGACGUUAUUAUGAAUUCCGUGUCAUGGCAGAAAAUAAAUAUGGCACAAGUGAUCCUGCACUGCUGAGUGAACCAAUCCUAGCUAAAUUGCCAUUUGAUCCACCUGGUGCACCUGGAGUUCCACAUCCUGUUGAAACAUCAGAAGAUUCUAUAACACUAUCUUGGACUAAACCUCGUAAUGAUGGAGGAAGUCCAAUUACAGGUUAUGUUGUUGAAAAAAGAAAGAAAGGAGAUAAUAAGUGGUCAAGAGCUUCACUUGGAACUAUUCCUGACCUUACACAUAAAGUGGGUGGUCUAGCUGAAAAUAAUGAAUAUGAGUUCCGUGUCUGUGCAGUAAAUGCUGCUGGUCAAGGACCAUGGAGUUCAGCAUCAGAUGGAAUCUUUGCUAAAUCUCCUCCAAGUUCACCUAAAAUUGAUACAAGUUUUGCAAUGAGGGAUAUUACAGUUGUUGCUGGUGAAGAAUUUUCACUCAGAGUACCUUACACAGGAAAUCCUACUCCACAUGCUACCUGGACAAUUAAUGGCAAAGAUGUUACUCCAGAUAACAGAGUUUCUACUGAAGUAAAUGCUGAGUUUACAGUUCUUUUAAAUAAAAAAGCAAAGAGAGAGGAUACUGGAAAAUAUACAUUAAAAUUAACAAAUCCACAAGGUUCUGAUUCUGCAAGUUGUAGAGUAACUGUUGUAGAUAAACCAGGACCACCUCAGGGACCAUUAGAAGUUUCAGAUAUCACACCUGAAACUUGCUCCUUAUCAUGGCGACCUCCUGCAGAUGAUGGUGGAAGUCCAAUUACAAACUACGUUGUUGAAAAACAAGAUCCAACAACAGGGGUAUGGAUAAAACUCAGCAGUUUUGUCCGGGGAUGCCAUUAUGAUGUAAUUGGUUUAGAGCCAAAAAAGAAAUAUAAUUUUAGAGUUAGUGCAGAAAAUCAGUAUGGAGUUGGAACUCCUUUGGGAACAGAAACAGCUAUUACUGCUAAAUUUCCAUUUGAUGUUCCAGGACCUCCAGGUGCUCCUGAAGUUACUGAUUGGGACACAGAUAGUGUUACUUUAGUAUGGAAGAAACCAGCUACUGAUGGAGGAUCAAGAAUUCAAGGAUAUCAAGUAGAAUAUAGAGAUCCAUUAGAUGGAACCUGGAGAGUGGCUAAUGACUAUUUAGUAAAAGAUCCCACAUUUAAAGUGCCAGGACUGACAGAAAAUAAGGACUAUGAAUUUAGAGUUAAAGCUAAAAAUGCUGGUGGUUUCAGUAAACCUAGCAUACCAACAAGCUUUAAAGUCAGAGCAAAAUUCACUGUACCGUCACCACCACAAAAUGUAACUGUAACAAAAGUUGGAAAAACAUAUGUAGAUUUGAAAUGGGAGAAACCAGCAUCAGAUGGUGGAAGCAGGAUUACUGGUUACCUUAUUGAACGACGUGAUUUAUCUAGUCCAACAGGACAAUGGAUUAAAGCCAAUGACUAUACUCCUACUGACUGUGAAUACACAGUUUUGAAUUUAACUGAAAAUAAUAAUUAUGAAUUCCGAGUAUAUGCGAUCAAUGCUGCUGGAAAAAGUGGACCAAGUCAAUGUACUUCUCCUGUUAAAGUGACAGAUGUUGUUGAUGGAGCAAAACCAGAAUUUAUAAGAAAAUUAAUUAACAAAAAUACUAGUCUCAACAAAGGAUUAACAUUUGAAUGUGAAGGAAGUGGUAAACCAAUUCCAACUGCAAGAUGGUUUAAGAAUGGCCAAGAAAUUCAUCCUGCUGGACGUAUUAAGGCAGUAGCAACACCAGAUGCUGUUUACAAGCUUAUAUUCUCAGAAAUAUGGGAAUCAGAUGAAGGCGAAUAUACUUGUGAAAUUAGCAAUCCACUUGGUUCAGAGAGAUGUUUUGCUAAAUUAACUAUUGCCUCUCCACCAAAAAUAGAACGAUGUCCAAAUGAAGUUUACUUUCCAGAGAAUGAUAAUGGCAAAGUUAAGAUAUUUUUCUCAGGCACAGCACCAUUGGAAAUUUCAUUGUUCAAAGAUGGUUUGGAAGUACAAGAAAGUCCUCAUCUUAAAUUUACAGUUUUUGAUGAUUAUGUUAUAAUAUUUGUGCGUGAAGCUUUGAAAAAGGAUGAAGGAAAAUAUAAGUUGGUAGUCACUAAUGCAAGUGGAUCUGACAGUGGCUCAUUUUCUCUUCAUGUGACAGGUCUACCAGGACCACCUCAAGGUCCAUUAGAAGUGUCUGAUAUAAAUAAAAAUACAGCUACCAUAGCAUGGCGACCACCUGCUUAUGAUGGUGGCCGUAAAGUCACUCAUUAUAUUGUUGAGCGCAAAGAAACUAGUCGAAAUCAAUGGGUGAUUGCAUCAAGUUACUGUAAAGAUACUAUUUGUACUCUUCAAGGAUUAACAGAGGGUGGAGAAUAUUUAUUCCGUGUAAUGGCCGUCAAUGAAAAUGGACAAAGCAAACCUUUGGAUGGCACUAAUCCAGUUCUUGUCAAGUCACCUUAUGACCCACCUUCUGCUCCUGGAGUUCCAGUUGUUACAGAAGUAGGAGGAGAUUUUGUCAAUCUUUCUUGGGAUAAACCAGAAUCUGAUGGUGGAAGUCGUAUCCAAGGUUAUUGGAUUGACAAGAAAGAAGUGGGAACAAAUACUUGGCAGAGAGUGAAUCCAAAUCUUUGCAUUACAACUCAGAUUAAUAUUUCCAACUUAAUAGAAGAGCGACAAUAUGAAUUUCGUGUUUUUGCUGUGAAUGAAGCUGGAACCAGUCCACCAUCCUCUAACUCUAGUUCUAUACAUAUUAAAGAUCCAAAUGCACCACAACCACCAGAGUUUAUUAUGCCACUAAGAACAAUUAUGGCUGUAGAGAAUAAACGAGCAGAAUUCUCUUGUAGAGUUACUGGAAAUCCAAAGCCCCAUAUUACUUGGUACAAAGGCAUGCGAGAAUUAUUUGAAGGAGGAAAGUAUUCAAUGUUGAGAGAUAAAGAAACAUAUACUUUAGUUAUCUCUGAAGUUUAUGGAGAAGAUGCUGAUGAGUAUUGUUGUAGAGCAAGCAAUAAGGGUGGAACUAGAACUUCCAGAGCAGAAUUACUUAUUAAGACUGCUCCUCACAUUCAUGUUCCUCCACGAUUCCGAGAACUAGCUAACUUUGAGAAGGGAGAAAAUAUAACUCUUAAGAUACCUUUCACUGGUUUCCCUAAACCAAAAUUAAAAUGGUCAAGGGAAGGAGAAGAAAUUGAGAGUGGUGGUCAUUAUGAUGUACAGCUUGGUGAACGUCAUGCUAUUUUAGUCAUUCGUGAUGUUACAAAAUUGGACAGUGGUCCAUACAGACUUGUUGCAGAAAAUGAAUUGGGUGUUGAUUCAGCAAUUAUUAAGAUACAGAUUAGUGAUAAACCAGAUCCCCCCAGAUUCCCAAUAGUUGAAAAUAUUUCUGACGAUUCAGUGACUUUAUCCUGGAAACCACCACUUUGGGAUGGAGGAAGUCAUGUUACUAAUUAUCUAAUUGAGAAGAGAGAAGUUCCAUUAAGCAGUUGGAUUAGGUGUGGAAAUACCAGAUUUUUAUAUCAUUUGGUUUCUGGUUUAAAUCCUGGUAAAGAUUAUGAAUUUAGAAUAUAUGCAGAGAAUGUUUAUGGUAGAAGUGAACCAAGUGAUCCAACUACUGUAAUUACUACAAAGCAAUCUGGAAAGGAUAGACAUAAGCGAAAACAAUAUACUGAUGCAUCUGGUCGAAGAGUCAGGGGCAAGCCUGAAGGCAAAGUUACAAAUUACGAUCAAUAUGUAUUUGAUAUUUAUGAAAAAUAUAUUCCUGGACCUGUUGAUAUAAAAACAUCCAGUGUUUAUGACUUCUAUGAUAUUUUAGAAGAAAUUGGAACAGGUGCCUUUGGUGUAGUUCAUCGAUGUAGAGAAAAACGUACAGGAAACAUAUUUGCUGCUAAAUUUAUCCCAAUAACACACCCAUUGGAGAAGUCUGUAAUUAAGAAAGAAAUAGAUAUUAUGAAUCAAUUACAUCAUCCUAAAUUAAUUAGAUUGCAUGAUGCUUUUGAAGAUGAUGAUGAAAUGAUACUGAUUUAUGAAUUUAUGGCUGGAGGAGAACUUUUUGAAAGAAUUACUGAUGAUAAUUAUAAAAUGUCUGAAGCAGAAGUUAUCAAUUAUAUGAGACAAAUAUGUGAAGGAGUAAAACAUAUGCAUGAGAAAAAUAUUGUCCAUUUAGAUAUUAAGCCAGAGAAUAUUAUGUGUCAAACUAAAACUGGAAAUAACAUUAAAAUGAUAGAUUUUGGACUGGCUACAAAGUUAGAUCCUAAAGAGGUUGUGAAAAUAUCAACUGGAACGGCUGAAUUUGCUGCACCAGAAAUUGUUGAUAGGGAACCUGUUGGUUUCUAUACUGAUAUGUGGGCUGUAGGAGUUCUUGCUUAUGUUUUGUAUAGGAAAUAUGACUUUAUAAAAUCUAUUCUAAAUGAUCUGAUAGAAAGCCAAAGUAAUGAAACUUUUCAAUUUUUCACAGGUUACCUUAUUGAACGACGUGAUUUAUCUAGUCCAACAGGACAAUGGAUUAAAGCCAAUGACUAUACUCCUACUGACUGUGAAUACACAGUUUUGAAUUUAACUGAAAAUAAUAAUUAUGAAUUCCGAGUAUAUGCGAUCAAUGCUGCUGGAAAAAGUGGACCAAGUCAAUGUACUUCUCCUGUUAAAGUGACAGAUGUUGUUGAUGGAGCAAAACCAGAAUUUAUAAGAAAAUUAAUUAACAAAAAUACUAGUCUCAACAAAGGAUUAACAUUUGAAUGUGAAGGAAGUGGUAAACCAAUUCCAACUGCAAGAUGGUUUAAGAAUGGCCAAGAAAUUCAUCCUGCUGGACGUAUUAAGGCAGUAGCAACACCAGAUGCUGUUUACAAGCUUAUAUUCUCAGAAAUAUGGGAAUCAGAUGAAGGCGAAUAUACUUGUGAAAUUAGCAAUCCACUUGGUUCAGAGAGAUGUUUUGCUAAAUUAACUAUUGCCUCUCCACCAAAAAUAGAACGAUGUCCAAAUGAAGUUUACUUUCCAGAGAAUGAUAAUGGCAAAGUUAAGAUAUUUUUCUCAGGCACAGCACCAUUGGAAAUUUCAUUGUUCAAAGAUGGUUUGGAAGUACAAGAAAGUCCUCAUCUUAAAUUUACAGUUUUUGAUGAUUAUGUUAUAAUAUUUGUGCGUGAAGCUUUGAAAAAGGAUGAAGGAAAAUAUAAGUUGGUAGUCACUAAUGCAAGUGGAUCUGACAGUGGCUCAUUUUCUCUUCAUGUGACAGGUCUACCAGGACCACCUCAAGGUCCAUUAGAAGUGUCUGAUAUAAAUAAAAAUACAGCUACCAUAGCAUGGCGACCACCUGCUUAUGAUGGUGGCCGUAAAGUCACUCAUUAUAUUGUUGAGCGCAAAGAAACUAGUCGAAAUCAAUGGGUGAUUGCAUCAAGUUACUGUAAAGAUACUAUUUGUACUCUUCAAGGAUUAACAGAGGGUGGAGAAUAUUUAUUCCGUGUAAUGGCCGUCAAUGAAAAUGGACAAAGCAAACCUUUGGAUGGCACUAAUCCAGUUCUUGUCAAGUCACCUUAUGACCCACCUUCUGCUCCUGGAGUUCCAGUUGUUACAGAAGUAGGAGGAGAUUUUGUCAAUCUUUCUUGGGAUAAACCAGAAUCUGAUGGUGGAAGUCGUAUCCAAGGUUAUUGGAUUGACAAGAAAGAAGUGGGAACAAAUACUUGGCAGAGAGUGAAUCCAAAUCUUUGCAUUACAACUCAGAUUAAUAUUUCCAACUUAAUAGAAGAGCGACAAUAUGAAUUUCGUGUUUUUGCUGUGAAUGAAGCUGGAACCAGUCCACCAUCCUCUAACUCUAGUUCUAUACAUAUUAAAGAUCCAAAUGCACCACAACCACCAGAGUUUAUUAUGCCACUAAGAACAAUUAUGGCUGUAGAGAAUAAACGAGCAGAAUUCUCUUGUAGAGUUACUGGAAAUCCAAAGCCCCAUAUUACUUGGUACAAAGGCAUGCGAGAAUUAUUUGAAGGAGGAAAGUAUUCAAUGUUGAGAGAUAAAGAAACAUAUACUUUAGUUAUCUCUGAAGUUUAUGGAGAAGAUGCUGAUGAGUAUUGUUGUAGAGCAAGCAAUAAGGGUGGAACUAGAACUUCCAGAGCAGAAUUACUUAUUAAGACUGCUCCUCACAUUCAUGUUCCUCCACGAUUCCGAGAACUAGCUAACUUUGAGAAGGGAGAAAAUAUAACUCUUAAGAUACCUUUCACUGGUUUCCCUAAACCAAAAUUAAAAUGGUCAAGGGAAGGAGAAGAAAUUGAGAGUGGUGGUCAUUAUGAUGUACAGCUUGGUGAACGUCAUGCUAUUUUAGUCAUUCGUGAUGUUACAAAAUUGGACAGUGGUCCAUACAGACUUGUUGCAGAAAAUGAAUUGGGUGUUGAUUCAGCAAUUAUUAAGAUACAGAUUAGUGAUAAACCAGAUCCCCCCAGAUUCCCAAUAGUUGAAAAUAUUUCUGACGAUUCAGUGACUUUAUCCUGGAAACCACCACUUUGGGAUGGAGGAAGUCAUGUUACUAAUUAUCUAAUUGAGAAGAGAGAAGUUCCAUUAAGCAGUUGGAUUAGGUGUGGAAAUACCAGAUUUUUAUAUCAUUUGGUUUCUGGUUUAAAUCCUGGUAAAGAUUAUGAAUUUAGAAUAUAUGCAGAGAAUGUUUAUGGUAGAAGUGAACCAAGUGAUCCAACUACUGUAAUUACUACAAAGCAAUCUGGAAAGGAUAGACAUAAGCGAAAACAAUAUACUGAUGCAUCUGGUCGAAGAGUCAGGGGCAAGCCUGAAGGCAAAGUUACAAAUUACGAUCAAUAUGUAUUUGAUAUUUAUGAAAAAUAUAUUCCUGGACCUGUUGAUAUAAAAACAUCCAGUGUUUAUGACUUCUAUGAUAUUUUAGAAGAAAUUGGAACAGGUGCCUUUGGUGUAGUUCAUCGAUGUAGAGAAAAACGUACAGGAAACAUAUUUGCUGCUAAAUUUAUCCCAAUAACACACCCAUUGGAGAAGUCUGUAAUUAAGAAAGAAAUAGAUAUUAUGAAUCAAUUACAUCAUCCUAAAUUAAUUAGAUUGCAUGAUGCUUUUGAAGAUGAUGAUGAAAUGAUACUGAUUUAUGAAUUUAUGGCUGGAGGAGAACUUUUUGAAAGAAUUACUGAUGAUAAUUAUAAAAUGUCUGAAGCAGAAGUUAUCAAUUAUAUGAGACAAAUAUGUGAAGGAGUAAAACAUAUGCAUGAGAAAAAUAUUGUCCAUUUAGAUAUUAAGCCAGAGAAUAUUAUGUGUCAAACUAAAACUGGAAAUAACAUUAAAAUGAUAGAUUUUGGACUGGCUACAAAGUUAGAUCCUAAAGAGGUUGUGAAAAUAUCAACUGGAACGGCUGAAUUUGCUGCACCAGAAAUUGUUGAUAGGGAACCUGUUGGUUUCUAUACUGAUAUGUGGGCUGUAGGAGUUCUUGCUUAUGUUUUACUUAGUGGAUUGUCGCCAUUUGCGGGAGAUGAUGAUGUAGAAACCCUAAAGAAUGUAAGAGCAUGUGACUGGGAAUUUGAUGAUGAAGCAUUUGCAACUGUUUCAGCAGAAGCAAAAGACUUCAUUAAGCGAUUACUUACAAGAAAUAAAGAGAAAAGAAUGACUGCACAUGAAUGUUUAGAGCAUGCAUGGCUCAAGGGUGAUAUAAAAGAUUCUGCAACCAUUCCAAUUCCUAACAGAAGAUACAUAAAAUUCCGUGACAGUAUACGUGCAAGAUACGGAGAGUAUUGGUUUUCAAGUAUUUUACCAAUUGGUCAUAUAUCAAAUUACAGUUCCUUAAGGAAACUUAAUCAAGAUAAAUAUAAAAUUGGAGACUUUUACUUUGACCGUCAACAAGCUGCACCUAGAUUUGUCAUCAGACCUCAGAGUACUUUUGUAUAUGAAGGUCAAAGUGCAAACUUUUAUUGUAGAGUCAUUGCAGCAGCUCCAGCAGUUGUCUCUUGGUUCAGAGACAAUUUGGAGCUACGUUUAAGUGUAAAAUAUAUGAAGAGGUAUCAAGAUGAUGAUUAUUGGUUCAUAAUAAAUCGCUGUAAACUGGAUGAUAGGGGCGAAUAUAUUAUCAGAGCUGAAAAUUCUUAUGGUUACAGAGAACAACCUGUCUUGCUUAAUGUUCAUUCAAUUCCAAUAAGCAUACCUGAAGUAAGGUUGGAAGAACCAGUCAGGAAAAGACAAGAACCACUUUAUUUCAAACCUUGGGAAGAACCAAAAGAUUCUCCACCCAAUUUUACUUUCCUCUUGAGACCUCGAGUCAUCCAGUCUGGUAUUGGUGUUAAAUUACUCUGUUGCCUCACUGGAAAACCCACUCCUGAGAUUAAAUGGUAUAAAAAUGGAAGAGAAGUAAAUAAAUAUGAAUGCAGUAUGGGAUAUUCAGAUGGUGUUGCUAUAUUAGAAAUUGCAGCAUGUUCUGCUGAUGAUGCAGGAAAAUAUACAUGCAGAGCUUCAAAUAGACUAGGAGAUGAUGAAACUAGUUGCUUUGUUAUUGUAGAAGAUCAUAAAAGUUCAGCACUACAAUCACCAGUCAUAAUGGGAUCACCAUUGAGGGUUUCUACUCCAACAAGACAACCUUUCUCCAGUGUCACAGAUAUCUACAAGAGAGAUUAUUCACCUUCACCAUAUUCCAGUAAAUCUGAAUAUUCACAUUCAUAUUCUUCUUCUGACCAGAAGUAUUCCAGCAGUAUGAAGAAAACAAGCAGUGAAUAUGUCAGUAGUACUUUAAGUAGUGCAGCUUCCAGGCUUUCAGUUCCAGAAACGACAAAACGAGUACAAAAACCCUACGGUAAAAAAGAGGGUACCAGUCCAACACGAUCUCGAACAGCUACUAAAGAAUUAGAAAUUCCAGAAGACACACCAAUGACACCACCAUCCUUCAAAGAAUUAUUAAAGGAUCAAAAUAUUAAAGAUGGAGAAACCAUGAUCUUAAAAUGCAUAAUUGAUGGAGAUCCAGAGCCCAAAGUAGAGUGGCUUAAAGAUGGAAAGAUAUUACAUUCUUCUGAAAUUAUGAAUUUGAAAUACAAAAACAAAGAAGCAAUGCUGAUUAUUGCUGAAGUUUAUCCCGAGGAUGCAGGAGAAUACAUGUGUAAAGCCAGAAACAGUCUAGGAGAAGUUUCUAGCAAGUGUAAAAUUACUAUAUUACCAAUGGACAAGAAAGCUGGAAAACCAGAAAAGAAGAGCGAGGGACCUCUCCGAGUAGUAGAACACCUAACAAGUCAAGCUAUUCCAGAUGGUAGUGCUGUAACACUCAGAUGUAGGAUCAAAGGUCCACCUAAGUUUGAAGUAGUGUGGUUGCACGACGAUAAAGAAAUCAAGUCCAGCAAAGAUUUCCAAUAUAAGAAUGAAGGCGAUGUGUAUGAACUCAUAAUACCAGAAAUUUAUCCUGAAGACACUGGCAGCUACACUUGUGAUGCAUUUGAUAAUGAAGCAGAAGCUUUCACAACUUGUAUGUUAGAUGUCAGUGUACCCGGAGAAGAACCAAAAGGUCCCAGAUUUUCUACUUAUCCCCAGUCAAUAACCGUUGCUAAAGGAGAAGCUGCCACAUUAACGGCCGUCACAGCAAAGGCUGCCAAAUCGGUGGAAUGGCUUAAAGAUGGAAAAACUUUAGAUACUUCUAGUCCAAGAUAUAAAUUUUCUAAGGAAAAGAACAAAAUAUCUCUCAGUAUCCCAUCCACCGUAUCUACGGAUGUCGGCCAGUAUACAGUGUGUGUAAAGAACGAAGCUGGUGAGAGUAAGGCAGUCGCCUCGAUAAAUAUCUUAUCCGAAGCCGAAGCAUGAUGUAACUCACUCAUAUUUUAACGAACGACGGAAGUUGGAGAAUUCCAACUGCAAGUUCCAUUCUCACCAAUCAUAUCCAUAAACGAAAGAAUUAAAAAUAUUCACCAAUAUUUUUUAAGCUUUUGCAAAAUGCCAAAUUAUUUAUGAUUCGAGGCAAGAAUCGCGUUCGUGUCCUUUGUAUCAAUGUCGCUAGCUAUCGGGUUUUGUUUGAUUAUAUAUUAUAAAUUAAAUUUGAGAAAUCAAAAGCCCAGAAUGUAGUAUUUAUUCUGUCACAUUUCGGAUUUCAUGGACUGUUCUAAACACAAUCGUCCGGAUCAUUUGUCGAAUAUCUGGUCUGUCUUUUGUAAAACUGCCAUUUUCGUUAUUCGGUUGUAUUUAUCUGUAUUUAAUUCAGGCAUUGGAUCUCCAGAAUGUCAUUUUAAAUCGGUCACCUCAUAAAUUAUGUAAUUCUGAUGCUGUAUGUUAAGCUUGCCGAAUGUGAUGUAGCUAAAAUUUAGCUAAUGUGAAUAAAGAAUUUUUCUCUAUAAA